UACUAGUCCGACUUCGAUCUCAUGUCCUGAACUAGUACCUCCAUCAUCAGAUCUUGUCUCUACAUCAGAUCUUCACCUCCCAAUAGCACUACGUAAAGAGGCUUUGUCUCAUCCUGAAUGGAGUCAUGCCAUGAUAGAGGAAAUGAAUGCUUUAGAUCUUAAUGGUACUUGGGAUUUGGUAGACUUGCCUACAGGGAAAAAGUCUAUUGGAUGUAAGUGGGUCUUUGCUGUUAAGGUUAACCCAGACGGAUCUGUUGCUCGGUUGAAAGCCCGAUUAGUUGCGAAGGGUUAUGCUCAAACCUAUGGUGUUGAUUAUUCUGACACUUUUUCUCCGGUUGCUAAAUUAACAUCUGUAAGGUUACUUAUUUCUCUCGCUGCAAGUCAUGGUUGGCACCUACAUCAGUUGGACAUUAAGAAUGCAUUCUUGCACGGUGAUCUUCAGGAGGAAGUUUAUAUUGAUCAAGCAACCUUCGGGGUUUGUUGCUCAGGGGGAGUAUAGAAAAGUUUGUCGACUUCGCAAGUCUCUUUAUGGUUUGAAACAGAGUCCCCGUGCAUGGUUCGGGAAAUUCAGUCAAUCAAUUGAACGGUUUGGAAUGAUCAAAGGCAAAUCGGAUCACUCUAUAUUUUACAGACGAACGAAAGCAGGGAAAUUGGGGGCAAAACCGAGCAGUACUCCCAUGAUUCCCAAUGUGCAGCUCACUCAUGAAGGCGUGCCAUUUGAAGAUCCAGAAAGAUAUGGAAGGUUGGUUGGAAAGCUUAAUUAUCUCGCAGUUACCCGUCCAGAUAUUGCGUACUCAGUGAGUAUAAUGCUGAUUGGGCUAGAUCUAAAGAUGAUAGAAGAUCUACAUCUGGCUAUUGCGUCUUUGUUGGUGGUAAUCUCGAUUCUUGGAAAAGUAAGAAGCAUAAUGUGGUUUCUCGUUCGAGUGCUGAAUCAGAAUAUCGGGCUAUGACACAAUCGGCAUGUGAGAUAAUCUGGAUAAACCAUUUAUUGAGUGAAAUCGGAUUGAAGACACCAAUGCCUACUAAACUCUGGUGUUAUAACCAAGCUUCUAUACGCAUUGCCAACAACCCAGUGUUUCAUGAGAGAACAAAACAUAUUAAGGUUGAUUGUCACUUUGUUCGAGAAAAGAUACAACAAGGAUUGAUCUUUACAGGAUAUGUGAAAACUGAAGAGCAACUUGGAGAUUUGUUCACUAAAGCACUAAAUGGAAUUCG